CUCACGCGUUGCCAGUAUAUAUUUUCUACAUUAUAUAAAUAAUUUAUUUUAGUCACAAAUUUAUGUUUGCUUUGAAACCCUGUCAGAGCGGUCGAAGCUAUCGAAUGAGAACAAGCGCGCGCGCGGCGCGACACGUGACUUAUGGAAAAUGGAAUAAUGGAAAUGGAAGUGGAAAAAUGCUAAUUGAGCGUAGAAUAGAAUAGAUGAGCGCGUUCGCAUUGUAGCGUUAAAACGUCGUAUGACUGGGCAGUGUAUGAUACAUACGUACAUCCAUAACCUAUACUCGACAAAUGCGUGCACGAAAAUCAAUGAUAUUCACAUUUACAUUUUACAAUUCAGUCACAUCAGUCGUCACUCGUCACACGACAUACGACACACAGGUGUAGUCUGUUCUGUAACGGUAGUGGCCUGCGCUUGACAAAUUUGCAAGCUAUCGGCGAUUGUCACAGAUUAUCAGGAUGACCGAUGUAAAUAGCGUGUUCGGCUUCGAGCUCUUCCAAAAACUCUAUCACGAUGAUAUCCAUAAGAAAGAAGACGUGAUAAUUUUAUUUGUGCACUGGUACUUGAUAAAGUCUGGAUUUAGAUGCAUUGGUAUCGGAGAUGAAGUUGUGUUUGAUGGAUCAGAGAAAGGAUCCGAAUUACUUCCAACAGAAUGGAAUCUACGUCCCAAUUAUGCAUUACGUUAUGUAAGAGAUGGAAAAUUACAUGUACUUCUUGGAAUCAAGUCGGAUACAGAUCUACUGUUGAACUUGAUGAGGCACCACGAUAAUUAUAUAAUUAGUAUUCCGUUCCCUAUCGAGAAAACUGUAUCUGCGUUACAUGGACCUUUAGAGAUUACAAUACCAGACUAUCAGGCAAUCUUACAUAAUAUACAAAAAGAUUUUGUAAGCCCGAUAUGUUCUAAUGACGCAGCGACUCAAACAACCGUACCAAAUAACGGUGGUUCCUCCGAAACAAACAGGAUUCCAGCGCGCAAUGAUCAUCAUCCAUUGGGGCCCAUAGGACCCAUUUAUCAGCCAUCAUAUCGACCUGAACAUGAUCCUGCGAGAGUAGGAGUUAGAGAUCUCGAUCCAUAUGGAGUAGGCAGUGGUAUGAUAUUCGAUCCAUUUAACACAAGACAUGAUCUAAUUGGACGCUCACCGAGUGGCUUAGGAGUACCUGGAGUAUUGCCGCCAGGUGCGAUACCACCUGGUGCAAGAUUCAGUCCUUUCGGUCCACCAGAGUUGAAUCCAUCGAGACCACACCGUCUCCGUAGACCCGGCGACGACCACUUACCUCCUCCAGGAUAUGACGAUAUGUUUCAGUGAUGCGUUAAAAAAAAUUGUAACUUGAAUGAAAAUGAAGGUAAAGUGCAGACAGUUGCUAAGCAUGUUACAGAGUAUGUUUGUAUAAUAUGCUCCUUCGCUAACAUCUUCUACAAUAUAUUUUAACAUAUUGUAAAGAACUGUUUGUACAUACAUAUAAAGAACCGUACAUGAAAGAUACAUAUAUCAUGCUUCUCUGAAGAGAGGAGUAAAGUUGGAAAAUUUAUAUAAUAAGCAUCAGUCAUCAGGGUGUAAGAAUUAUUAUAAAACGGUCUUUUUUUUUCACAAAACAACUUCCAUUCCUUUUUAUUUCGUUUACUGAUGUUUACAAUGUAACAAAACGAUUUCUUGUCUUUAAUUUAAUUAAAAGGAAUUGUGUAAUGCGAUAGAUAGGAAAUUAUAUUCAAAAAUUAAACGGUAAUCUUUGCUUAAAUUGCGCUAACUCGUUACUUUUAUUUCUUGUUUAAUCAAUUUGUAGAGAGUGAUUGUUCUUAUUUUAUUAUGUCGGUUCAAAAUAGAGGAUUUUCUUUGCUA